AGGUUUUUGGGGGGACAGUGGGUUUUGAACCCAAGUUGUCUGCCUCCCGCCCCUAGAGACCAAACCCCAGGGACAACCAACAUUUCCUCCUGACCAGGGGACACACUGCCAGCAGAAGCUCCGCCUAGCGUCUGGGGGAUAGGAAAAGGGACCUGCGUCCCUAACCCCUUGGGCUGCUGGGUCCUCAGCAACAUCCGGAUGCGCUGGGGUGGGGACGCGGGGGAACCGGGCCCCGCACUGCACUGCGAGGAUGUGGCGCUCCCCCGUCACGGUUUCUAUGAUUACACAAGCGCUGCUCCACGGCUUCCGAGACUUGGGCUCCAGGUUCCAGCCUUAGCCAGGUGCGGCGGUCAGGUGCAGCCCCACGACACGGCCCCCAGAAGCCCUGAGGUCCCCAGCUGCAGAACGGGCCCCCACGCCCUCGGCGCCAGGCACUCCGGGCCGGGUCUGGAGGACCCCGGGUCCCGAGAGCGGAGGCGUGGCCGCCCACCCGGCCCCGCCCCGCGGGCUCAUUUACAUGCGUCCUCGGCCCCGCCCGGAGCGGCUAAAGCGACGUGUCCUUGUCCCCCGUGGGCAGCCUCGGCGCGUGCAACCUCGGUUCUCCAGUUCUGAGGGCCUCUUUCUCCUCCUGGGACAUCAACUAGUCCGGACCAUGAAGACCAAAACCCGGCCCCCUCGGCGCCGGGCACCCCUGCAGGACACCGAGGCCCCUGCCGAGGACCAGGCAGAGGACAGGCCCCAGCCUGGUGGUGGGUCGGAGCCGGCCAAGGGUCUUCGGAGCAGGACAUCCAGGGUGGCUGCGGGGACACGGACUGAGGGUGGGCGCCGGAGACAGGGCCCGGGCAGCCGGCGUGAGAACAGCAUCCAGAGGCGGCUGGAGAGCAACGAGAGGGAGCGGCAGCGAAUGCACAAGCUCAACAACGCCUUCCAGGCCCUGCGCGAGGUCAUCCCGCACGUGCGUGCCGACAAGAAGCUCUCCAAGAUUGAGACGCUCACGCUGGCCAAGAACUACAUCAAGUCACUGACCUCCACCAUCCUGACCAUGUCCAGCAGCUGCCUCCCGGGCCUGCAGGGGCCAGAGCCUGCGCUGGGGCCCAAGCUUUACCAGCACUACCACCAGCAGCAGCAGCAGCAGCAUGUGGCCGGGGACCCACUGGGGAUCACAGAGGCCCAGCCCCAGGGCCACCUGCAGCGGUACUCCACGCAGAUCCACAGCUUCCGAGAGGGCAGCUAGCACCUGGACUGGGGCGGAGUGGCAGUGGUGGCCCAGCCUGCUCCUCCCAGCCCUGGUCCUUCUGUACCUGAGCCCCAGACCCGUGGUGAUGUCAGAUCUAAGAGGUUGUGUCUCCAGCAACUCCGUUUUCCCUGAAUAGUCAGCUCAGCCACUUCCCUGGAGCAGUUUUUUCCAGACCACCCAAAGGACAAGCAACCUGUCCAACUGUUUCUGGGCCAUGACCCUGAGCAUCGUAAGGCCCAAUGUCCCGGAGAGGUUCCAAGCCCGGCUGUUUUUGCAUUGAGCCAGUGGCCUCAUUAAGAGCGGGAAAGACCCUCUUGCCUUCUUCAUCACUAAAUUCUCUUUCCCUUGCGUUACAAGGGGGAUUCAAGAAAACUUUACCUACGAGUUUCCCUGUAGCUGCUGAGGCCAAGCGGGGCAAGGGGCCCUCCUCUACCCUUCGCCAUAGGGCUCAGCCCUCUGAUUUGGGUAAGCAGAGGCCUGUGGCCAGCAGGGCAGAGUCCAAGGCCCUUCUAAGAAUGUGGCCAAACAAGAUGAUGGCUUGUGGAGCAGCCAGAAACCCUAAUCAGAGGACCCUAAAUUCCUUCUAAAGGGACCAGGGUCAGGGCUUCCUCCCUAAACCCUUCUGGGGGGCUUCUGGAGAGGUAGUAGUGCCCUGGGCUGUACUUGACUGUGGAGGGUUUUUGUGGGGCCCCGGUGCUGGGUAGGAGUUCUCCUGAGCCCCUGCACAGGGGGAGGGUUUGGGGCUUUCUGCGCAGUGGAGCCUGGGCUGGCGGGGGCUUCCCUCCCCCAACCUGGUGCUGCUCCUGAUGGCAGGGAUUGCGUGGCUUGGCAGCCUAGCUGCCUCGGGCCCAGCUUCCUUCUGUUGGGGCGUUCCUGCCCCACUGGCUCUGCCGGAUGGGGCCACUUUGCUGUCAAGCCUGCUGGCAUCUCUUCUCCUUUGUCCCUCUGCAUAGAGCUAACCCAGAGACCCUGAGACCCAUGAGGGCCUUGCUGGACCAGGAGCUUGGCUGCCACAGCCAAGGCCGAGGCUCUUGCUGGUCUGUCUCCAACACGUGGCCUUGCCCUCCCCAAGCUUGGGCAGUGUGGCACUCACUACCUGUGGGCUUGGGGUCAGCCCUGGCCAAGUGAAGGGUAGCAGGUGGCACCUGAAGGAACAGGCCUUUCCACUUUGGUCCUAACUCCCAGCCAGGCGCACUGGAAGGAAGCCCUGGGCACGCUGGUCUCCCUGUCCCAGUGAGGCGAUCUCGUGUCCUUCCCUAUAGGCCCAGGAACCUCAUCUGAUCCCAUUGCUCUGUCAUGGGUCAGGUGGGGACGUGGGCCUUCCUGUCUGUCCCUUGGUGGUGGCCACUGGGGAAGGUCUAUGGUCAGGACAUCCACCAGUGUGAGCUGAGGUUGGACACAAUUGCAGGCUUGAGUCAGACCCAGCCCAGGCAUCUCCUGAUUCAGGGAUCUGUGCCCAGAGAUCCCGAAAUGACAGCAGCCUCCACUGGCUCCUGGAAGCUGAACCAAGGCUAAAGCAGGGCUCAGCUCGCCUCUGGACUUGCUGGACACACGGAGGAUCUGGGCUCAGACUACAGGCUGUAGGGUGCUGUCCCCAACCCCCUGCUGAGAACGAGCCACGGCCCAUUGUUGCUGGGGUCACCACCUCGCCACACCACAGCCUCAUGGUUCUCUCUGCCCUGAGCUGGCGCCUGCAUCCCCUCCACUUCCCGGAGGGUGACCUGGGCCCAGCUAGCCAGUUCUUCUUCACUUGUGGCUGGAGGGGAUCUGCAUGCUGUUGGCCACAUUGCAAAGGACCCUCAAAUGCCUCAGUCCCGCUUUGGGGUGUCCAACUGGGGGGAGGACAGGGAACAGGUUGGUGGCCAGUCAGCAUGGCCUGUGGCUUGCUCUCCCUCGACCCUUGUCCCAGCCCUCAGUUCAGGCUGGACUCUUUCAUCCUGUGGUAGGCCCUGUUGGGCCAUCAGGGCUAAACUUUCUCAAAUCCCAGGACAAGCAGGUUGGAGCAGAGGGUCCCCUGAGUCAUUGGCCCACCACCCUCCCCACAAAUGGAGAAGCCAGAACUGCGACUUUUCUGUCUGGGAAAAUCAAACUGGAACCGAGCGGCCUGAACCCUGCUGUCCUUGUGGUAAAGAUAUCUCUUAUCUGAUCCAAUUUUGCUUUUAUUUUUUUCUAACAGUGCCUUCAAAGUACAAAUGAAAUUGAUGCCUUGUCAUAAAACAAAAAUAAAAGAUUUGAGGGCAACUGCUUUGGCCACAUGCACAACUGCACAGGAACUGUGCAUUUCAAUCAGUGUAUCAAUAAAACCAUCCUGCCAUGUA